CCAUUACUCUCUCAUCCAUCUCUCUCUCUCCCUCUCUCUCACUCACUCACUCAGCUCCUUCCUUUCUCUCUCUAGAUCUUGUUUUUUUCUCUAUCAAUGGAGUCUGGACCUUUUUAUUACUUCUCAUAUUUACAAUCCACUUUUUGUUUCUUGUUCUUCUCAUUUACACUCACUUUCAUUAUUUUCUCUGUCUUGCUCUUCACAUUGAGGUUGAUCAAACCAUGGUGUAACUGCGAUAUCUGCCGGAGCUAUCUAAAUCGGAGCUGGGUAUCGGAAUUCGAUAAUAUGUGCGAUUGGUACACUCAUCUUCUCAAAAAAUCUCCGACCGGGACGAUUCAUAUUCAUGUUCUUGGCAAUACUGUCACUGCGAAUCCAGAUAAUGUUGAGUACAUUCUCAAAACCCGGUUCGAGAAUUACCCAAAAGGAAAACACUUCUCUGCAAUCCUUGGUGAUCUUCUGGGUAAAGGUAUCUUCAAUGUUGAUGGCGAUUUGUGGAAGUUUCAGAGAAAAAUGGCGUGUUUAGAGCUCGGUAGAGUCUCGAUUCGAUCUUAUGCCUUUGAAAUUGUCAGCUCCGAGAUUCAAUCUAUGCUCUUUCCUCACUUAUCAUGUGCUUCUAAUAAAGAACAUGUUGUUGAUUUACAAGAGGUGUUUCGUCGAUUCUCGUUCGAUACCAUAUUCAGAUUCUCAUUCGGGUUAGACCCUAGCAGCCUCGAAUUCUCGCUACCUGUUUCAGAUUUCGUAGCAGCAUUUGAUCUGGCGUCGAAGAUAUCCGCAGAGCGAGCAAUCUCGGUAUCGCCAUUGAUAUGGAAGCUCAAAAGGGUACUAAACAUGGGUUCGGAAUACAAGCUCAGAAAGGCCAUUAGAACGAUCAAUGUCCUCGCCGAUGACGUCAUCAAGCAGCGGCGAAAAUUAGGGUUUUCAACACACAAUGACCUUCUUUCGAGGUUCAUGGGGACGAUUGACGAUGACCAGUACCUCAGAGACAUUGUCAUUAGUUUCCUCUUGGCAGGCCGCGACACAGUGGCAUCCGCCCUGACCACCUUCUUUUGGUUGCUUGCACAGCAUCCAGAAGUCGAGGCCGCAAUUCGAGACGAGUCGGAUCAGAUCAUGGAUCCAACUCAGGAAAUCGCAACUUUCGAGCAAAUGAGAGAAAUGCAUUACUUACAAGCUGCAAUGUAUGAGAGUAUGAGACUGUACCCGCCAGUCCAAUUCGACUCAAAGUUCUGUCAGAAAGACGAUAUUCUUCCUGAUGGAUCUUUAAUCGAAAAAGGGACUAGGGUUACUUACCAUCAGUAUGCGAUGGGUCGGAUGGAGCGGGUUUGGGGAUCGGAUUGUCUCGAAUUCAAGCCCCAAAGGUGGCUAAACGACGGCGUUUUUUGCCAGGUUAACCCGUUUAAGUACCCAGUUUUUCAGGGUGGGUUAAGGGUGUGUUUAGGCAAGGAUAUGGCUUUAGUGCAGAUGAAAAGUGUGGCUCUUUCUUUGAUCAUGAAGUUUGAUAUCCGAGUGGCAGCAGCGGUGGCGGAGACGAGUCAAACGCCACGGUUUCUGCCAGGGCUGACGGCCACCGUAAGAGGCGGUCUUCCUGUCCUGAUUCAAGAAAGGAGACUCUCUCCUAAUUAAAAUGAAUGGAGUGGUCAGAUUGGCUCUAAUGUAGACAUGUGUUCAAAGAUUUUGAGGAUUGUACAUAAUUUGAUUCAAAUAUAGCAUUUUAAUAUGAAAUUAAGGAGCAAAUUUUGGUUUAUUAGAA